AUGCGUCUAAUUUCUAUACUUUUUUGUUUUAUUUUCUGCAUAUUCUACAGUACUCCUCAUAAUAUCAAUUAUCAACCUCAACCAGUUAGCUCAAAGUCUUCUUAUGAAUUUCAACCAACUUGUGUUUCAUGUACAGCACUUGUUUCAGUUGUUAGUUUAGUUUUAAAAUAUGAUUUCUCUGAGCCAGUUGUAUUGGAAUUAGCUACGGUUAUUUGUAAAUUAUUUGCAAAACAAAGUUGGGCAGUUUGUGAUGGAAUAUCUUCACAAUUUCGAGAUGAAUUCUUCUAUGUAUUUCGUCAAUUGGCUGCUGAAAGUCCGAGUCAAAUAUGUGGAAUUCUUUUACCGGAUUGUAGUGAUCCAACAGAUCCAUCAGAAUCUGGAUGGAUUAUUGAUUUACCGCCAAAAAUAAAGAAAUUGAACAAGCAAAGAGUUAGUCAUAUAUCAAUCAAAAUCAAAUGAUAACAUUUUUUUGAAACUUUUUUUUCCGUGUUGGGGACAUUAUAAGAGAUACAAAAAACGGUAAAGGUUUCAUUCUACAUAGGUUCACACAAAAAUAAUUUUGAACCUACAAAAAAAUCUAAUUAAAAUUUCAAAAAAUUCGACAAAAAAAGUUCUGGAAACCCCUUAAUCAAACAGAUAAAACAUGUUUCAUCAUUUUUUUUUACAGAAUUCACAAAUCAAACAAUCUGAAUCGCAAAACAUGCACAUUCUACAACUAACAGAUUUACAUGUUGAUUUUGAUUAUGUUCAUCCUUCCGAAGCUGAAUGUUCUGAUCCAGUUUGUUGUAGAAAAUUAAGUUCAUCUCCAAAAUUAUCAUCUGGUUAUUGGGGAACUGCUGCAAAAUGUGAUAUUCCAUUCUGGACUGUUGAAAAUAUGUUAUCACAUAUCAAUUCAACACAUUCAAUUGAUUUUAUUAUUAUGACUGGAGAUUAUAUAAAUCAUGUUGAUUGGUCAUAUUCAAUUGAAGAACAUUUAUCAGUUUUGAGAAAAUUACAUAAUUUGGUCAAACAAUCAUUUCCAACAACUCCAAUAUUUUGGGCAUUGGGAAAUCACGAAGGAGUUCCUGUGAAUAGUUUUGCUCCGCAUUCUGUUGAUCAACGAUUUUGGCCAACUUGGUUAUAUAAAGAAUUUGAAACAAUGAGUAAACCAUGGUUGGAUGAUAUUUCUUAUUCAAAUAUACUUCAACGUGGAUCUUAUGCUUAUAAUAUUAUUGAUGGAUUGAAACUUAUCUCGGUUAAUACUGGAUUUUGUGAAGUUACUAAUUUGUAAGUUCUAUUUCAUAUGAAAACAAAAAUUAUAGUAAUCUGAGUCAUAAUUUCAGCUUUUUAUAUUUGAAUCAAAGUGAUCCAGAUGGAACAAUGUCUUGGUUGGUAAAUGAACUUUACAAAUCAGAACAGAACGAUGAAAAAGUAUAUAUUUUGGCUCAUAUUCCACCAGGAAAUUCGGAAUGUUUAGAAGGAUGGGCUCGUAAUUAUUAUCGAGUUAUUCAAAGAUUUCAUGAAAUUAUUGAAGCACAAUUUUUUGGACAUGAUCAUGUUGAUUAUUUUACUUUGUUUUUCGAAGAUAUGAAUGAUGUUAAUUCAAAACCGAUAAGCGUUGGAUAUGCAGCUCCAAGUGUAACAACAUUUGAAUAUCAGAAUCCGGCAUAUCGAAUUUAUGAAAUGAAUCCAGAAGAUAAAUUUGUACGUUUUUCUGAUCUGUUUUUUGAAGAUGUUUUCGUUGUUUCAGAAAAUCAUCGAUUUCACAACAUAUUCUGCGAAUUUGGCGGAAUCUUCUGAUGAUAAACCACCAAAAUGGGAGAAAUUGUAUUCUGCUCAAGAAGCUUAUAAUAUUCCAGAUAUUUCGCCAAGUUCUUGGAAUAAAGUGGCUCAUAGAAUUUUCAAAAGUCAAAAGAAAAGAGAGCAGUUCUUAAGGUAAACAAAAACUCACAACCUUCUAAAUUUUGACAAUUUGUUUUUUUUUUUUAGAAAUGCUUAUCGAACUUCAAAUCCAAAAUGCGACUUAUCAUGCCAAUAUCAACUUUUAUGCAAUCUUCGAAUGGGACAUCAUAAUUCUUCAUUGUAUUGUCCUUCAAAAAUGUAA